AUGAGUUUCCCCUUUGUUUCUGCGGACAUAGAUUCAGCACAAGAUGAGCAGAGUUUCGGUAUCACUAAAAGGAUCCUCGAAUUGUCCUUUGCUGCUAUUCUCACGCAAAUAACAUUAUUUCACAGCCGCUCAGCUCUCCCCAUCUUCUCCUCUCUUCCACGCUCAUUUGCAAUCUCCCCUGAAGGUGCCAUCGCCACCGUUCGGCCACCAUAUCUUGGUGGCCAUUCCUCUUUUGAUCACAGCCCUUUAUCACUCGUUAUCUCUCUCUACUUCCUCUCACACAUGACCACCGGCUGGAACACCCAAGAGCCCCACUGUAAAGUAGCGUUAAUCUCCCCUAAUCGUUACUCAAGUUGGCCGAACAUGCCUAGACCUAGUCAAGAGACCAUCUUUUUUACUCCAAUGGUCUUACUCCAACGAGAAUCAUCAACAAAGGUUUCGUGAGAUGAAGAUGGCAUGAUUGUCGACAACAGCUAAACGGGUUAAUUCUGGAUCUGAGUCACACUUGGGCUGCUCUUGGGCUCCGGGUUUUAAUUUAUUCAAGCAUGUUGUAAUUGGUCUUCGUAGUUUGGGCCUGUAAACGUUGUAAA